AUGGGAGAGCACACAGGCAAUGGUGUUCACAUCAUCAUUGUCGAAGAAAAGCGCAAUAUUCUCAUCGGACUUGGUAUAUUCAUUGGCUUUGCUACGUUCUUCUUCAUGGAAAAGACCCUUCGGGUCCUGGGCGGCGAAGAAGACGCACCGGGCCAUUCUCACUCCCAUUCACACUCACAUAUAGAACCAGAAGCCUCGAAAGCAUCAGGAGUAGCUUCGCCUUCUACGACGCAGAACGGCGUCCGCAAAAGAAAAUCUGACGAUACUAAUGGAUCUUCAGAGCAGCAAGAACCUCAAUCAAUUAGUGGCCCUUCUAAAUUAUCCGCAUACCUUAAUUUGUUUGGAGACUUUGUGCAUAAUAUAAUGGCUGCAUCGUUUUAUGCCUCGCCUUUGAUCGGCGCAACUACCACAUUGGCCUGUUUUGCUCACGAGAUACCCCAUGAAAUUGCCGAUUACUCGAUUCUAAUUCGAAGCGGCUUCACGAAAAAGCAGGCCAUGCAAUCCCAAUUCCUGACUGCUGUUGGGGCAUUUCACUUUUAUCGGGAUUGCGGCGUGCGCCAGGACGCCACCGGUCUGCUCGGCACAACACUUCAACUAUCUGACCUGGUUAUACCAUUCGUCGCAGGCGGAUUCUUGUACAUUGGUGCAGUCGCGGUUCUACCAACACUGCUCGCUGAGAGCAAGAGCGCAAAACAGGCGAUACGAGAGGCAAGUGGAGAUUAUUUCUGA